AUGUCGAAGAAAGAGGAUACGUCGGCCUUGAAGGUCAUUGUCACGACCAUCGCCGCGUUAGGAGGCGCUACGGUGGUCGGACUUGCUGCUCUCUACUAUGUCUAUAGAGACCACGCGUACGGGACACGAAAGCGCCCUGAUUUGAUAACAGUACCAGGAUCAAAAGCACUGACUGGAAACUUGAGUGAUUUGGCGGCUCAUUUGGGGGACAGAUUAGAAUUUCAGUAUGGUCUGUACAAACAAUUCGGAAAGAUCAUAUAUGCUACGGUGCCUGGUCGAAACAUUAUCUAUGACUUCGACGUGAAUGACCUUCAACGGAUCUUGUCAGAGCCGUAUAUAUAUGCCAAGAGUGAAGCUGCCAUGGUGAAUGCUCGACCAUUGCUGGGGCACGGCAUCUUCUCUGCCAACUUUGAUGAAUGGAGGCUACAAAGAAAAGUUGCUUGUGAGUACCUCCUGUCAUGUGCUGAAGAAUCUGCAUUCACCUCCAAAAACUUUACAAUUCUAGCCAACAUCUUUACAGUCAACAACUUUAAAACUCAUUUCAUGAGUGGGUUUGUGGAGGAGACCAAACUGCUACUCUCACAUCUUCAAGCCGCAGGUGAUCAAGGUGCCAUUAUCGAUCUCCAGGACCUUCUGUUACGUGGAACUCUGGAUGCGUUUUGCCAGUUGGGGUGUGGAAAGACGGUGGAUGCGCUCAAGAUGACCGCAACAAUCCAAGAUGGAGUUUACACUCUCCCAAAUGUACCCUUCAUGACAGUGUUUGAUUCUUUAAUGACCGUGACCAUUGAAAGGACCUUCAACCCUAUAUGGGGUAUCACUGAGAGGUUUAACGGGGACUCUGCCGAAAUCGUUGCUGAGAAACGAGCAAAUCCACGCGAUCCAAGCAAGAAAAUGGACUUAAUUGACUUCUUCCUCGAAACAAGCAACGCGGACGGUACUCCAUUUUCAGACGAGUACCUACGAGAUGUCAUUAUAAAUUUCGUUGUUGGAGGUCGGGAUACUACUGCUCAGACCUUAUCGUGGUGUUUCUGGUGCUUGUCUCAGCAUCCGGCAGAGUACAAGAAGCUUCAGGAUGAAGUACAGGCUGUGCUUGGAGAUGAGGAAAUCACAUACGAGAAGGUCAAAGAGCUGAAGUAUUGUUUGGCUUGCUUCUUGGAGACAUUGCGUAUACACUCGAAUGUGCCUGUUGCACGAAAACAAGCAGUCCAAGAUGAUGUGUUGCCUAGUGGAACCAAAGUCAUGAAGGGCGACUACCUCGAAUACUCACCAUGGAUUAUGGGCCGACAAACCGAACUCUGGGGUGCCGAUGCCCUCGAAUGGAAACCCGCUCGAUGGAUUGAUUCGAGUGGAAGUGUCAUCAACCCAUCCCCAUUCGUGUUUCCGAACUUCAAUGCUGGGCCUAGACAGUGUCUUGGGAUUAAUAUGGCAAAGCAAGAGGGUGUAGUGUUCCUUGCAUCGAUUGUUCGACACUUUGACCGGUUUGAGUUGGUUAAUGAAGACGACCCGAAGAAAUGGGCUGUGUUUAGUGAUGAUCCGUUUUUGAGGAGGGGUCGUUAUGGUGUUGCUGCGACCCUGUCAAUGCGAAGUGCAGUACACUUCAAGCUUCACCGCAAAACCGUUUGA